UCCAUUCCCCCUUCAGCUCUGUACUAGUACGAAUUCAUAUUUCGAUCUGGUACAUCAAUUCUAGGAUGGCUGGCGAUGAGCCCACUGCAGCGGGUCUACUGGGAGGCUUGGUUAUUUGCUUCUGCUUCAUGUUUAUGCUGUAUGGGGUGACUGUUACCCAAUCCUAUAUCUAUUUCCUUAACUGCUCAGAGGAUCGUUUGUGGAUGAAGGUCAUGGUUGGCGCCUUAUGCUUUAUGGAAACAUGUCACAGCGCGUUCUGCAUACGACUGUUAUAUUACUUCACCGUGAUUGGAUUCGGGAGCUUUGAGAUCGCAGGAAGUAUCGAUUGGAGUGUCGGUCCUGUCAUUCUACUGGAGAAUGCGGUCGUCGCGAUUGUUGAAGGAUUCUUCAUCCGUCGGAUCUGGAUUCUUAGCAACCACUCAUAUAUCUUGACAUUUGUUCCGCUUCUCCUGCUCGUUGCGCGUAUCGUCUGCCACACAACUGCAGCUGUGUUCGCGCUUACUUCCCCAACUUGGGUGGCGUUCCAGCAAAAUCCUGGACCCAACAUCAACGUCGAGAUUUCCAAUGCUGUCUCAGCUGCUGUCGAUGCCAUGAUUGCCGGUACUAUGAUCUGGUAUCUGCACCGCGGUCAGUCUGGCUUCGCAAGAACUGAUGGCGUCGUUCGUUGGCUGAUGUCCUACUCUGUCAACUCUGGUGCAAUCAUGAUGGUUGUCUCACUCGCUAUUGCAAUUACCUAUGUCUGCCUCAAGGAGAGUUUGCUAUUCUUGGGUCUUGUCAUGAUUGUCAGCAAGCUCUAUGCCAACUCCCUGUUGGGAACGCUGAACGCAAGACAGCUGCUUCGUCGACAGGCAACUUCGGCGCCCGUCGCUGUCAAGUCGAACAAUUACGAGCUUUCAAAGUUCCAGGUUGCGUCACAGAUGCGCCGUAUUGAGAUCUUCCGUGAAAGAACAGAAGUCACCGACGCUGGCCCCGCAUUUGAGGAACGUUCGAAGCCUGGGAGUCUCAACUGCUAGAUGUGAUUCUACUCUGAGAGGGAUCAUCCGACGUUCCCUAUCCUCCAGGUCUCGGUCAUCCUUUGAUACCCUAGACCUCCACAUUUUCCCCUCCUUUUCUUCCUGGUACCAAUAUUAAUGGUAAUAACUAUGGCAUUUUUCCUAUCCUUUCAAACCAGGAGAUAGGUUGAGUAUGCCUAGUUGGCUGCAAGUACAUACACACGAUACACUACUUCAUCGUCACACUCCCUUACCGUUGCACCCAUCUUUUGUCGUCCACAACUCCUGUACAGAGUAGAAGGAAAUCACACAGUUUUUCAGAAAUACGGAUGGCGAUAGUCAUUUC